GCUAGGCACUUUAGUUAGGCUGAGCCCCUACGUGCAUGCAAAACCUUUCAAUUUCAGAUGAUAUCACCUCACACUUCUCGAUUUCUAUGAUGUUCAUCUCAGCUGCCGCCACCAGGCUUCGUUCCCAAUGCUUCUACAUCUACGCUGGAUCUUCAGUACCUUUAUUCGCUGUCGACCAGCCUUGCAUUUUCCGUAAGUCUGCAGGUCCUGUGUGGACGCCCCUCCAUCAGCAUGGGUGCGCACAUGAGGACAAGCCUGCUACGGCGUACAUUGAGAGUGCCACUGGUAUCAGUGCGUCCAUCAUCUCCUGGCCCUACCCCAGUGGCGUACUUCCCACAUACGGAGGCGGGCGAUGCCAUGUUCAAUUAUUUCAAACAAGUUGUCGCGUGCCAGCUGCUCUCUUAAGUUUGUGCAUGUCAUUGAUCCUGAAUCACCCAGCGAAUGGUCUUGUCGAAGAAACUAGUAAAGGCAAGGUCUGGUACGCAUACUAUCGAUUUUUAAUUCGUCCGACGCCGGAAUUCUUCUUGUGAGAGCAUCCGUUCUCAUAACAGUUAGAGGUUUUAGAAGUGCAUUUCUGAAUGCACGCGUAGUCGUUCUUGUCUCCGAUGUGGUGAGGAACGAAUAACAGUGUCUUUGGAUA